UCUAAUUAAACAAUCAUCUAACAUCUAUAUAAAAAGCGACUUUUAAUCAAACCUUUGUUUAGUUUCAUUCGUGUUUUCAUCACUUAAAGCAAUUUUUCUUCAAAAUGUCGCCUUUACGUUGGGGAAUCGCUUCCGCCGGCAAAAUUUCGCACGAUUUUUGUUGCGCUCUCAGCACUUUACCCGCUGACGAUCACUCUGUCGUCGCCGUUGCUGCUCGAAGUCUCGCUUCAGCUCAGGAUUUUGCCAAAUUACACAACAUUCCUACCGCCUACGAAGGUUACGAGAAGCUCGCUCGCGAUCCUAAUGUCGAUGUCGUCUACAUUGGAGCCGUAAAUCCAGCUCACUUUGCCAUCGGAAUGCUCAUGCUCGACCAUGGGAAGCAUAUUUUGUGCGAAAAACCUCUUUGCAUGAACGAAAAACAGUCGAAAAAGCUCUUGGAUCACGCAAAAAGCAAGAAAUUGUUUUGCAUGGAAGGCCUUUGGUCGCGUUUCUUCCCCGCUUAUCAAUACGUGAAGGAACGAAUCGCCAACGGAGACUUGGGCGAGAUGCAGGAAGUGACUGUCAACUUUGGUUUCGACUUGAGAGGCAUCGAACGACUCGAAAAAAAAUCUUUGGGCGGCGGAACGAUUCUCGAUUUGGGCGUUUAUGUCAUCCAGGCGUCGCUGUGGGGUCUGAAAUCCACUCCGACAAGCAUCAAAGCCGAAGGAAAGCUCAAUUCGGAGGGCGUUGACAUGGAAGUCAAGGCAAUUAUGGAAUUUCCGAAUGGCGCAGUUGCCAAAGUUCACACAAGUGCCUUGGAGCAACUCGAUAAUUUGGCGACUUUUCGAGGAACGAAGGGAAGUAUCGUCUUGCAUCAAUUUUGGUGUGCCAUUAAACUCGUUGACGUCGAUGGAAAAGUCAAGGAAUGGCCUUUGCCGAAAGCCAAGCUCGAUAUAAACUUUUUCAACAGCGAAGGAUUUCGUUUUGAAGCUGAAGCAGUGCGAAAAUGCUUGCAAAAUGGCUUGUUGGAACAUCCAGAUGCCACGCAUGAAGAAAGUCUCCGGAUCGCUCGCAUCCAGGAUGAGUUCCGGAAACAAGUUGGAGUCAAAUUUGAUGAAGAUAAUUAAAUUUCUUACCUGAUCCGGGCGAUUUUUUCCACAAAUUUCGAUUUUUCAAAGGAAUUUUUUUUAAAUUUCGAACUUUUCGCGACUUUUUCGGCAAAAUUUGAACUUUUAUUACAAAAAUUUAAUUUUUUUUCAACUAACUUAACGGAUAAAAACUAA